GACCGCGCAGCAUACGAUCUUCUCCUACCGGACACGCGACUGCAACCUUGAAACCGGCAGACCUCAGCCUGUAUAUCGGUACUUGGAGUUCGAGCACCGUUCACAAUGUCGACCAACGACGCCGUGUUCCAACGGCGAAACAAGCAGAUCGAAGAUGCCAUUGACGGACAGAAUCUGAAGCAGGCGCUGCAGCUGAUUGAAAAGAGGAUCAAGAAAGGAGAAGAUACGCCAUUUUUAAAGGCAUGGAGGGCGCAAAUUCUAUUCCAUCACGCCGACGAAGCCCACCGCCAGCGGGGUAUUGCAGAGACUCUCCAGCUGUGUAAAGCGGACCCAGCGGUGACCGACCUUGACUCUCUGGAGAUGCUGUAUGAGACGUUGCAGAAGAUCGGUGGACAUGAGGAGACUAUGAGGAGUAUCUGGGAGAGGGCUGCGAAAGCCAAACCGCAGCUUCGGGACAUACAGACGAGGUGGUUCGACUACGCUUUCGAAGGAGACGACUGGAAGUCGGCGCAAAAGAAUAACUUCCCAAAGAAGCGAAAGUAUUAUAUCUGGGCCAUCUUCCUCUGUUACCUUCUUGCUGUCGACGAAGCCAGCUCCGAAACGGACCGAAAACUCUUUGGUACCCUUGCAUAUCGCAUGGUUUCAAAAGCCGCUGAAAGCGUUCCGGCAGAUCCGAAGGAAUUACUGAGCCCUCCUAGAGCUAUCCAAUCAGCUGAGGAGCUAUUGUUACUUGUUAGGAUCUUCGAAUCUCAAGGGCGACAUGCCGAAAUCAUCAAGAUCUUAGAUAGUGACAACCUUGGCAUUAACUCGAGGAUUAUUCAAAACGACUGGUCCUUCGUUGGCGUCAAACUGUCCAACUUGGAAAAGGCCAAGAUGUGGACUGAAGGCUUGUUAUAUGCUAAGGAGCUUCUUGCUAUCCCUUCCAGUGAGGAAGAGAGAAAGGCUAUACAGGAGCGUGACGAUUGGGCUGUCUGGCAUUUACUUGUCACCGCUACGCAGAAGAUUGACACCGCAGACUCCCAAUCGGGAGCGGUGAAACAGGAAGAGUUGCUGUUAGCUUGCCAGGCUUAUUUUGACCAUGCCAAAAACAAGCUUUACUGUUUUGGCGAUCUCUUGGACUAUCUACCAGCCUUAAGUAAAGACUCUAUCAGAUCGUUUGUGGAAUAUGCGUCAAAGAAUUCUGGAAAUACAGAGGUAACUGGCCCAUUCAGAGGUGUUGCUGUAAUCAACGCCCUGAAAUUGGAGUACUGUUUCCUAUUGUCGUCAAAUGCGUCGGACGUGUCUAGAGAGGAAGUAGAAGACUUUGUUUCGCGCUGUUUGAAAGAGUAUCGCGAGGUCGAACGUCCUGACCGAGGUUCUGCGCCGUCUACUAUUGAAAGCCAGCCAAGUGAUGACCUAUGCAUCCUCGCAGCCAUGGGUUUACUCCGUUUCAGUGGUAAUUGGGUCUCGAGAAAGCAGGAAGAAAUCCCUGAUAUUAUGCUCAUCCGCGCCGCUGCAAUUCUAGAGCGUUUGAUCGUCGAUUCUCCGCAUAACUACCAAGCAUUGCUCCUUCUCGUGCGGCUUUACCUGCGCUUGGGCGUAGGAUCUCUCGCACUGAAAACGUUUAGCAAGCUUUCGGUCAAGCAAAUGCAGUUCGAGACAGUCGCCCAUAAUCUCUUUACUCGUCUUGCAACUAUUCACCCUCACUCAGCACCGCCCAUCGAUGGUGCAGAAUACAAGGACUUCAAUCCCCAGUCAGCCUUUGUGCAAGCUAUGAUAUUCUACCUUAGUGCAAAUGCCACUUCGACCAGACAUCGCUCAAAUGGUCUGGAGUACGGCAGCUAUAUUAACGUCGAGGGGACCAUCGAGCUUCAAAGGCGACUUAAACGAAGCAUCUGCCGCAGGAUGUGGGCGCUGGAAGUGAAACGAGUACAAAGACUGACGGGUGGGGAGCCUGUUGGACGUUACGAUGAAAUGGCGAGAGACACUUCGCCGUUAGUUGACCAGCGUACGUUUGAUGCAUUCAUGAAUUGCGAAGCGCCUGGUCAACCUACUUUCGAGCAGCUGAUGCGUGUAGGCCCUCUGCCCCAGAAACACUGGGUUACGUCAGCGCAAAUGACCGAUAGACUCUGGGGACUCCUCAAAGACUUGGCGGUCCAGAAGCCGAUCUUAGCAACGCCGGAGAUCCCUGAGCUUGAUAAGCUCGUGGGAGCUAGCGCGGAGUCUGAGAUGACUCCUUCAGAGAUCGAGUGCACAAGAACCAACCUGAGUCUCCUAAGGUUGGCUGUUUAUAUCAGUGGAUCAAAAUCUGUUACAUCCGAGCAAGUUGAAAAGAGUCUUGGUCUUCUGGAGGAGUGGUUGAAAUCCAAAUUAGAAGCUCUGGCCACGGACGGGAACAGUAUCUCCCCGAUCAUGUCACAAACAACCAUUUUCUUACAGUCGGAUGCUCCAUAUGCACCAACAUGGCGGUUCUUCCACGGUAUUUUCAGCAUACUUGACUCCGUGAAGGCGUUAGUUUUUCUGUGCUCCACCGCAUCGAGAAAGGGCUCAAAGGGCGCCAAGUUACCCAAGGAUCGAGUCGAAAGCUUAUUGGAUUUGGGGCGUAAGGUACACCAGGGCGCCCAUGCGAACAUCCGCGCCCUCAAGAAACGGUUGUCUGAGCCAGGGAAGCUUGGCUCAUUGAUGGACCUGGUUAUUGCUGGCAAGGGCAUUGGUGAAGAUGGCGACCAGCUUCGCGGUGAGCUCGAGAAAAUGCUUGAUACAUCGUCCUUGGAACUCUUCUGUGGCGAGUUGAUGGAGAGUUGGGAUGAGGCACUUGGUGGAAUGUUGGCUGUGAGGAUGUGA